AUGUCCUCCAAAUCCCGAUGGGCCACGGACGACGACCCCGAAACGGAAGCCAUUCUCGCCCAGCGCAAGCGGGAGAAGGAAGAACAGCGACGCGCCAAAGCCGAGAAACAGCGCCAGCUCGACGAGCAACAAGCUCAAGCUUCAGCUUCUGACUCCCAACCACAAGACCCAGACACAACUGCCCCGCCUAAGAAGCGUCGCCGACUCUCCAACGACCACAACGAAGACCAACCAAUACCCACCGCCAACAAUGAACCCAACAUCCUAUCCUUCCCAGCCCAAGAAUGGGGACCCUGUCGCAACAUCGCCAACUUCGAGCGCCUCAACCACAUCGAAGAAGGCUCCUACGGCUAUGUCAGCCGCGCCAAAGACAUAAACACCGGCGAAGUGGUCGCACUCAAGAAACUCAAGAUGGACAACUCCCCCGACGGAUUCCCCGUCACCGGUCUCCGCGAGAUCCAAACUCUCCUCGAAGCCCGACAUCAGAAUAUAGUCUACCUCCGAGAGGUAGUAAUGGGUACGAAAAUGGAUGAAGUCUACCUAGUAAUGGACUUUCUCGAACACGACCUUAAGACCCUCCUCGACGACAUGAGCGAGCCCUUCCUCCCUUCCGAAAUCAAAACCAUUCUUCUCCAAGUCCUCUCCGGUCUCGACUUCCUCCACGACCAAUGGAUCAUGCAUCGCGACCUCAAAACCUCCAACCUCCUCCUUAACAACCGCGGCGAAGUCAAGAUCGCCGACUUCGGCAUGGCCCGGUACUACGGCGACCCGCCACCGAAGUUGACGCAGCUGGUCGUGACGCUCUGGUACCGAUCACCGGAGUUGUUACUAGGGGCAGAAAAAUACAGCACCGAGAUUGAUAUGUGGAGUAUAGGAUGUAUAUUUGGAGAAUUGUUGACCAAGGAGCCCUUACUACAGGGGAAGAACGAGGUGGAUCAGGUGUCCAAGAUAUUCGCUUUGACGGGCCCCCCCACGCAGCAGACCUGGCCCGAGUUCAGAUCGCUGCCGAAUGCCAAGUCGCUGCGUUUGCCGCCUACGUCCUCGGCACCAACGGGAACCCCCCCUCUACUUUCGAGGGCCAAGUUCCCUUUCCUGACGAAUGCGGGUCUGCACCUGUUGUCAUCGCUGCUGGCCCUGAAUCCGAGUACGCGAUUGUCGACGAAAGAGUGUCUCGCUCAUCGUUACUUCCGGGAGGAUCCUCGUCCCAAGCCCAAGGAAAUGUUCCCGACGUUUCCAUCCAAGGCGGGCAUGGAGAAGCGGAGACGCCGGGAGACUCCUGAGGCGCCGAAGCGAGGACAGGAGGCUCCCAAGCUGGACUUUGCGAGUGUGUUCGGUGGCCAGAGCAGCGGUGAUACCGGGGAACAGGGCGCCGGAUUUACCUUACGUCUUGGCUAA